UCAUGUACUGUAGUUUGUCCAAUUAUUGUUGCCGUAGCCAAUGCGUUGAACAUUCAACUUCCAUCUAUCAGCACCCUGAGUUAUGUCAGCGUUAUUGCGGUCAGGACGGGGUUUGUUCUCAUUUAAAUACUUAAUUCUUUUGUAUCACUGCGUAAACGUAGCUAAUGAAUUCUUGGAGUCCAUUUAAAAUGGUAUCACUCUGAAAUGUCUCCAGUUUUAUCUUAGCUUGCUAGUCGCUAACGAAGCCACGCAGAAGUUAGCAACAAAACGCUAAUCGCAGAUCAAGUGUGAGUGUAAAGUGACGUGAUUGCAUGAAACGACGAUAGCGAUACAGAGGACGAGGCUGAACUUUCUCCAACUAACACACUUGACAACGUCAACUCCCGGACGGACGCUGUUUUCGAAAAGCCUCAAGUUGCGUUUCAGCAGCCACACAGACAAUGGCUGAUGGCGGCAGCAUCGGGAUCUGCUUCACAGAGCCCCCCUGCGUCAAAGAGGAAGAGGAGCAGCACUACAUCAGUGAGGCGGGAGAGCAGCUUCAAGGGCUGCACUUCCCGGUGAUUCGUGUCAUCGUGAAGAGUGAAGAUGAUGAGGACAAAGGUCAGGGUGAGCACAAUAGUGGGACAGGACCUCCGAGUAGCAGCUCGAGUCAAAAGGUGACAGCAGAAGACGAUGGCCGUCACUGCAGAGGAUCCCCAGCAGGCAGCCACCUCACCCAACUAUUAGAUAGCGACGAGGCAACAUCACACUAUCCUGACACUGAUGAUGAACACGCUAAAGGGGAUGUCAACCAACCCUUGAAAUGUUCUCAAUGUGACAAAACGUUUGGCCACAAAAAGAAUCUGAAAAGACACAUGAGAUAUCACACUGGGGAAAAACCAUUCGUCUGCUCAUUCUGCGGUCAAGCAUUCUACGAGAAGGCCCAUUUGACAACGCACACAAGAACACACACUGGCGAAAAGCCAUUUUCAUGCUCAAUCUGCGACAAAAUAUUUUGUGACCGCUCAGCGUGGGUUGUUCACCAGCGAACGCACACCGGAGAGAAACCUUUUACCUGCUCAAUUUGUGGUAAAAGUUUCCCGCGCAGGGAAAAUCUAAGAACGCACACAAGAACACACACUGGAGAAAAGCCUUUUACGUGCGCUGUCUGUAAAACCAGUUUUACUGUUCGCUCCACAUUGGUUCAACACAUGAGAACGCACACUGGUGAGAAGCCUUUUGCAUGCUCAGAUUGUGGCACAAGAUUCUCUCAAAAGACGCACUUAAAAAAUCACAUGAGAACACACACUGGGGAAAAACCCUUUACAUGCCCGUUUUGCGACAAACGUUUCUCUGUGAAAGGAAGUUUGAUAACACACGUAAGAACACACACUGGAGGGAUGUGAUAUGUUGAGUCAAAAUCCAGAACAUGUUUGAUUGACAUAUGAACAGAUCCUUUCUUAACAAUUUCACUUCAGUCACCCCGUUCCCAUGAGACACCGUCCAGAUUUUGUUCACAUUUAUUCUAUUUACAGUAUUUUACACUGCAAUAUUGGAAUGCAGAGAGGAACAUACAGUAUAUAUAUCAUGAGUUAUUUUUUAAAAUGUAGUCAUUUCUUUUGCCCUGUUGUCUGCAGCAAUCAAUACCAGAUUAAUAGAUCACUAGACCAUCACUGAUUGAUUUUUGGCACAGCAAUGGCGCAGUAUGCGAAAUGUACUUUUGAAUUGUACCAGAGUCUGUGUCUGAACGCUCUUCCAUAUUUUGUCAUGUAAUGGAUACACUUAAUGUUAUCACAUGUACUGUACACAAGGACAAGACAAUUGUGGACUGCCAUCUAAAAUGAAAUUCACAAGAACAUGUCAAAGAUGUAUCGUAGUUCAGGAUGGAUGCUAUUACGUCAUUCGUUGUCUCAGCUGAUGUCUUGUAAUGUAUGAAGAAGGUUUGUGGAUUCAAAUGGGUUGGACAGCAAUAAAACCAAAUUGAUUGCUGGAACAUA